AUGAGCCGCAUACAAAGAUGCUUCAAGUCUCUGGCUUCCGCUGGCUUCUUUCGCAUACAGGACGGCAAAACGUUGGAACUGAUUAGCCAUGGAAGGGAGUAUGCUAAGCUGCUGCAACAUCACUGGCUACGUCUUCGUCCCCUAGCUGCUCACGUUGGAGCCAUUAGCAAUUCAAGUUCCACAACCAACGCACAGCGUUUUUCCUUCCCAAAAAGCCAGCAAUUUCGAGCAAAUUUCCAGGAGCUUCUCGAAGUUCAUCCCAGAAAGGCCAAAUGUCCUACUCUUCUCAAGCACCAAAACACUUGUUCGUCCUCCGAUAGUAAUCCCCUCUUCACUGUGAGGUCACCUGCCACUCUUCUGACCACAGACUUUCUAGUCGAACCACAUCGUGCCCUUGAGCAUUUCUAUAACAUACAGCGCGAAAGCAAGAUCUGGUGGAUGCGAGUUUCCUCGAACCCCAUUCGCUACCGAAUUGUUCCCUGCGAACUGGGAGAUGAUCUUAAUCCCAAAAACUAUCAAGCCAUCGACAUCCGUUCAAGCUACGGCGAUGCGGAAGAAGUGACCGUGGAGCAACUAAGCCUGGUAAAGUUUGACGACGAUAAAAACUUCCUGCUGCCCGAUGCUCGCACAGGAGAAUCUGUGCAACCGACUGUCAUAAGAUCUGUGAUUGAGCUAGAAACGUCUACAUGUGCAUUGCUCCUGGAUGGCUGUGAUCACAGCCGGGAUGCGCAAUCCCUGUUACUUAACCGCGUUCUGUCACCAUAUCAAUGUGGAAUUGCCUGUGUAGAAAGCGAGUCUGAGUUGUCGGAAGACCUCGCAGAUCUGUGCCUGCAUCUGAAGCAUGUUAUCAACCACGCGGGUCUGAGACUGUGUCAGGGUAGUGGAUUUGCUUUGACAAAGGAUGCUUCAAAGCUAACAGAACACUUGCUGGAAUCGGAUAUGCUGGGUGUGCCUUAUACACUAGUUUUAAACGAGCAAACUCUAAAGAACGGACUGAUGCAGUUGCGCAGCCGGGACACCAGACUGGCGGAAGCCAUACACAUAAGCGAUGUACCGGACUAUUUAUUAAAUAUAUUUAAAAACUAAAAACAAA